UUGUGAAAUGUGAUUGGAAUUUGCUUACGAUAAUUGGAUUACCGCUUGAAGUUUUGUAAAGUUUCCUUGUGUAGACCAAAUGGAUAAAUAAUAUGGAAAAGGAAUGAAAUAUGUUAUUUACCCAAUGGUGUGUUUUGUGUGUGAUUUCCAGGACUGUCUAGUCGCCGAGGAUUUAUAAGGAAUAUGGCAUUGAACUUCGCGGAUUGCCCCUUUGUGAUUUGGGUGGACACGUUCCGUCCUGCCCGGUCACCGAAGCUGGAAUACAGCGAUCUCUACAAUGGGGUCUUCUUGAACAAUGUCAUGAGAGAAAUCGAAAACUUUGACAAAAGAGGUGCGCACUCCGCAUACGACGAUGUGAACCCACUCGUUCAAGACGUGAAUAGCCGUCUUCAGAAUUGGGACAUCCUGAUCAGAAAUAUCCGUGCAUACUACUCCGAUGUGUUACAGCAAAUUCUAAUUGCCAAGAUGCCGGAUAUCACAUUAAUAUGCAGGGAGCCAGAAAAAGAGUCAAGUUUUGCCGAGAUAAGAAAGGCCCUUCAACUGAUUCUUGGCUGUGCGGUUGAGUGUGAACGGAAGGACGAGUUUAUCCACGCUAUCACCAAGCUCGACAUCAGUGUUCAGACAGAAAUUGCCCAGGGGAUCCAACAGAUUCAAGUGAGAACUCAUACAUUGUCUCGAGACUGCAAGGAUCCGGAUGUCCUGCUAGGAGUACUUGAGCAACUGCUGAAAGAAAGAGACAGCUAUGCAGAGAUGAGCACGGAAUUGGUGUUUGAUCGUGACUACUACCAGCAGCAGGUGGAGGGGAUGGCAACCGAGGUGGCCCCCACGGGGACGCCAGAGAAGGACCACCUGGUAAAGGAGCUCACAGAGAGUAAGGCCACCGUGCGAAAACUCAAGCUCGAGAUGCAGGGGAAGCAGGACCAGCUGAUGGACCUGAAAGAUGAGUGUGAGGAGUACAAGAGCACCCUCGACAGGCUCAAACGAGAGAACUCGGAACUGUUGGCAGAAUCCAGGUCUGCUCGGGCAUUCAGAGAUGAACUCGAUAUCCUCAGAGAAAAGGUUGGCAAAGUGAACAGCUUGGAGUCAGAGCUUCUAAAAUACAAGGAACGACUGAAUGAGAUGGAAUUCAUGAGGGCAAGAGUCAAGGAACUUAUUGAUGACAACCGAAUCCUGACAGAAACCAAGAUGAUUUUGGAAGAGCGCCUAUCAGAUUACCAGGAACGCAUUGAGACACUCGGCUCUCUCGAGGAGAAACUAGAAAAGUACAGACAGCAAAUAGACGAGAUCUCCGCUGAACGAGAUGCAGACAGUGAGCGUAUUUCUCAGUUGAUCUACGAGAAUGCACAGCUGCAACUAGAGAAAAAACAGAACUUACAGGAGGCAACAAACCUCGCCCAGGAAAUAGAGAAUUCAAAGGCUAAGAUUGCUGGGGUUGGUGGUGCUUUAUCAGACCAGCUACAAGAAACUGUGAACUCAAAGCUACUUCGCCUGCAGCUGGAAAAUCAACGCUUGUUAAGAAAACUUCAGGAUCACGAAGUUGAAAAAUCUGACCAACAUCUGAAACUGAUAAAAGACAAUGAAAGCCUAGUGCAAAAAGUGGGUAAAUUGAAAAAGGAAAACAUUGAGUUAAAUCAUAUGUUUUAUGAUCUCGAAGAAAAGAUGAAAGAUGCAAUGAAAGAAAAAGAUCUUGCUGUUCGAUCUAAGGAAGAUGUAAAACAAAACUCGGAAAUUCUCAUUAAAGAACUUGAGCAGAAAAAUGAGGAAUUGAAUCAGACCGUUCAAGCAAUACGCUCUCGGAAUGAACAGACCAGUGACAUUAAGUUGAGAGAUUUGGAAAAGGAGAACAAGAGACUUCAUGAAACUGUGGCAGAAAAAAAUAGAGCUAUGACACAUGUGGAGUUUAGAAAUAGGCAAUUGCAAAGCACACAUCAGAAGCUUCAAGAAACUGUUGAGGAAUUAAACUCCUUGGAAAAUAUGAAUGAAUCUUUAGAACGAAAAAAUAUGGAUUUGAAACACCGGCUUCAAACUCAGGAAUUAGCUAAUGAAAAGCUAGAUAAGCUGGAAAGAGACAAUGCUGAUAUGGUUGUUCAGGCAAAGAAGGAUGAAUCCAAGAUUCACCAGUUGCAAAAUAAAAUUGAAACUGUUGAACAGGAACAUAUUAAUGUGACUGUUGAAAAUCAGAAACUACAGAAAAAGAUUGAUAACUUGAAAAACUCAGCAACAAAGGUUGCUGAGCUUGAAAAUGAGAUAAGUUUGUUGAAAAAACAGUUGAUUCAACAGCAGAAAGUGAUACAGAUGAAGAAAUCUCAGGACGAAAAGCUGGAAAAAAUGGAACUUGAUUUAAUGGAUUUAGAUAACGAGAACAUGAGAUUGCAAAAGCAGUUAGAAAUUACAAGUGAAAGAAUGAAACAGCUUGAAAAGGAUAAUUUUGAACUUGAAAUGGAUCAUGAAAAAUUGGAAAAGAAUCUAGAAUCUUCUAAACAUUCCCAGAAGCGGAUAUCAGAAUUGGAAAGUAACAUUGCUGGAAUGGAAAAAGAUAAUUUAAAGCAUAUGAAAGAGAAUGCCCAGUUACAAAAGGAAUCUAAACGUAAUAGGAACACCCUGGAGGCUAGAGAGAGUGCCCUAGAUGAACUGGCAACCAAAUAUUCCAUGUUAGAACUGAGUUAUAAAGAGCUUCAAAGGAAUGUUGAGCGAGAUAAGGUGUCAGGAUCUCAAAGUGAUGUGUUAGAUCAGGAACAUAAGGAGUUAGUUCGGAGUUUGCAAGCAGAGAGACAAACUGUCGGCAAUCUGAAAACUGAAUUGAUAAAUGAGAAGCGAAAGGCACAGGAGUUACAGUUUGAGCUGGACAAACUACACCAGGACCUGAAAGUCAGCAUUCUCAACAGCUCCGAGGGCAGUGACAGUCGUUUCAAGGCGUUGGAAUCCAUGAUGCAUGAGAAACUGAGCCAGACGGUGUCCUUGAGAGAUGGCGAGAUACAUGUGCUCGAAAGCAGACUUGAGGAGUCCAAGGUUCGGAACAUGAAGUUACAAAAUGACCUGAGAGUAACACGGCGGGAAUGUGAAUCUCUGAAGCAGCGAAUGGAAGAAGAAAGCUUAGGAAAAGAACAAGAAUUGAGCCCCCAUGUGAGGUCGAGUCCCUCAGUUGGUGUAGGAGUUGGUGUUGGAGACCAUAAGUACCUCGUGCAACUGGAACGGAAGAAUGCUACUUUGACGGCAGACUAUGACCAUGUGAAGGCAGUGAACAAUAGCCAAAAUGAACAAAUAAAGAAAAUGGAAGCAUUGAACGCCCAGCUUCAGCAUGAUAAAGUCUCAUUACAGACUCAGGCUGCAUCUUUACUAGUUGAAAAUGAGCAGGUCAGGAAAAUGGAGUCCCAGAUUUCACAACUGCAGAGUGAAAAAGGUGCCUUGCAGACUCACAAUGCCAAGUUACAGGUGGAACAAGUGGGGUUGAGAAAUCAGUGUGAAACAUGGAGGUCUCAGUUGAACGACUUGAAGAACGCUCACACUAAACUUGUUCAUGAUUAUGACACUCUGCAGAGAAUGCAUGAUCAGUUAACUCAUGAAAAUGAGGCACUCAUAUCAGAACAUGGAUCAUUAAAAUCUGUUCAUAAAACUUUGAAAAGUGAGAACACAGAUUUACAUCAGCAAUUGAAUAAUAUGAUUCAUUCAAAAGACGAUGACAAUCGAAUGCGUGACAUGUUAAGUAGAUAUAACAAAUUACGCGAAGAUCAUCAACGACUACUUGCGGAGUAUGAAAAGUUGAAAAAUAGAUAUUCUGAAAUUGAAUCAGAAAACAAGCAAGUGAAGACUGACUUUAAUAUGUCUUUACAAGAAAAAUCAGAGAUAAAGGACAGGGAAAGAGAUAUGGAGAGCGAAGUUGCCAUUCUAGUCGACAAAUAUAAUGUGAUGAACGAGAUGUACCAGAAGGGUAUGGAGGAGAAGGAGGCACUGAUGAACCAGGUCAACUUCUUCAUGGAGCGUAACGAGCACCUGAUCGGCCUGGCUCUCAAUAAUAAGGACCAGAUGGCCGGGCAGGAAAAGUCAUAUCUUGAGCAGUUGUCUGACCUACGACGCCAAAAGGAGCGUUUGGAGGAGAAGAUUAUGGAACAUUACAAACAUCGAGAAAAACAGAAGAAAAACAAAGGUUUUGGAGCAAAACUUCUCCAGCGGAUGCGGGGCCUAACGAAAAGUAAAAUUCGCCUGAAUCAGCUUGAUGCUAGUCCUGAUGACUCGUCUACGGGCUCCGGGCCGUACGCUGAUGCAGAGGAAACCAAGAAAACCGACAAGAGACGAUCUCGCCACCGCAAGGGAAGUAGUGCUGCUUUCCAUGGUGAUAUGGAUAGCCCUCGAUUAGCCAAUCAAAAUAAAGGGCUGGCAAAAUCAACCCCGGCCCUUGAUUUUAGCCCUCAUUGGGAUAGGCCUAGCCAUUCACAAUCUGAUUUGAGAGGAUCGAGAUCUUCUGACGAAUUGGCUGAUUCAAAAUUAAACGUCUCAAAGUUUCUACCAGGACUAGGCAAGCCCGUGUUUGAUGAUGAUGAGGGUGGGUUUGAACACAGCAGUGGCAAUGGUAGCGGGAACCAGGAGAUGACGCUUGCUGAGUUUCUGGCGGAAGGAGUUGAUAAUUCUUCUACAAAUUCAAAGGGAAAGUUGGAUUUGAAGUCUGAGAAAGGUGACAGCACAGAUCAUGGGGGCCGCCGCCGUAAGCCCGCUCCCCCGCCACCGACAUCUCAAAGCCGGUCCCGUAUAAGCUCCAUCCCUGAUGUGGCUCUGCAGUCAGAUCACAGCAUGUCCCGCCUUUCCAAUGUCUCCACAGGAAGCAGCGAAAGUGGCCAAAAUACCUUUAAAGAAAGCGCAUUUUCAUUGGUGGUUUCUCCGACCAUAUAUGGUAUGCAGCCAAACAAGACCUCAACUCCUGCCAAACCAAAGGAUGCACUAUCAGAGGGUUUGAAUGGUUCAGCUUUCUCUCAGUGGCCGGGAGGGCAAGACGUAAAUGGCAGUUAUACUUCCCCUCCUCAGUAUAAUCGUGUUCAUGAUAAUAGUGACAAUAGACUUACCCCAGAUGCUCGGUUGGAUAUGCUAACAAGGGGGCACAAUAGUGCUUUUACCCCCACCUCUACACACAGUGGAAACAACUCACACCAUUCCAGUUAUUCUAGUCAGAAUGAACUGUCAGGUUCCAAAGAGGAGGACUUAUCUGUAAGGUCAGGUCAUGGGUCUUCAUCUCAGGCUUGGAACAGGGCCCAGCAGGGUCAAGGUCAUUCAGGUCAGGGGCCCCUAAAGGCCACACAUCCCCACUUUCAGAGGGGUCAGCAGCAAUAUGAUGACAGACCCCCGGCCAGUCAGCAAUCAACACCUCAGAGGAAAGGCGGAAACAUACUUGUGUCACGGUCAAAUAUUGCACCUAGGCCAUAUGGACAGAAAAAUAUAGUUCGAGCAAGGCCAGCCAGUGCUUUUGCUUCAGAUAGUAACACUUUAUCUUACCCCCUUGAUCAAUCAUUAAAUUCCUCCUUAAAUUCCACUGUGAACAAUAUGUCUGGCAGACCACCGAGACACGGUUUGAACAAUUCCCAAAGUGAUCUGAAUAAUUCACAAUUACUUAACAAGAGUGCUGCCGAUAAUCAUUCAUACAAUACCUCCCAAAACAGCCAUUCAUUAAGCAACGGACCGUCUAAUAAUGUGCAACCUCGAAGAAGACAAGCACCUGUCAGAGUUGAUCGACCAAAAUCGGUACCCCCUUCAAUGUUCAAUGUACAACAAGGAAGUGACUCAGACUCCAGUUUUAACAACGAGUUCCCACAAUCCAAUCAUAUGAGUGCGCCCCGGGGGGCACCAGGGCAUGGUGGGUCACGAGGGACCCCGCCAGUCCCCCCACCCAGACAAACAAAGGAUAUUCUGAAAUCAGGGAAAUACACCAUCAUGGCAUCUGGCCCACCAUCGCGGAGGGGCCAGUUGAAUAAUGCUACACCAACUGUAGCUAGAGGCCAGGACCAGGGAUUGACAGAGGCAGAACAAAAGGAGAUAUGGAAUAAAGCAGGUCAUUUGUGCUAAAGCUCACUUCCCUGUUUGUGGUAUGGAUAUAUUACAUAAUCAUUGUAUACUAUUUCUACAGCAGCUUACCGUACAUAUAGAUAUCACAUACUUUUUUUAGUUUUACAUACAUGUAUAUAUAUAUAUACAGCAGCAAAUAGAUUGCUUAGAUUGCAUGGUUUAAUAUUAGAGUACAAAAAAUGGAGGUAAUCAUAUAAUUGCCCAGCUGAAUAUUAGUAGUUAUUUUAUGCAUGUUGAUUUAUCAUAUAAUCUAAUCAGCAUCUUUCUCCACAAAAAUUUACUAGUUAUAUUGUUUAUAACUGCAUAAGCAUUUUCACGCUCAAUGUUAAAUAGGAGAGUGAAAGUAGUCUUUUGGUAUUGGUGUCUGCCCCUGACGCAAUCGCCUUCGAGGUCUUGUGUUCCAGCCCAACUAGGGGUUACAGUGUUCUCUGAGCCUUUUGAAAAGGGUAUUAGCCCAGCUAAGGGUUUCAUUUUUCUCUGGACGUCUCAAAAGGAGCACUGGUACUGGUUUCUACCAAGGUAAACUAAUAGAGAGUGAAUCAUACCAGCAUACAGCUAUGGUAGCAAUAAUUUAUUGAGCUAAGAUGAAUGUAGCAUUUACUAACUGGUUUACUUGAUUUUACAUAUAAUAGGAAACAGAAGAAAGUGACAUUUGAUAUGGACAUUCUCCCUGAAUCUGUCAUUCUCUGACCAUGCUCUGCUAGAGGUAUCAUCUACACCGCUUUAAAUGUUCACUACCCUUGAUGCAAUGUCUCAGUUUUAGGCCACACCAAAUCGAUGUUUCACUGUCAGAUUUUCUUUAUGCAAAAUGGAAACAAUUGUUUUUAAGUUUUAAUUAGCCCUCUUGCAUCAGUUUUUAUCAAGCCAAAAUCCAACAAACAAAACAUUAAUUUGGCGUGGCCAUUCUAUACCAUUUUUUCACAGUAUAUUUAAAAAAAUGCCCAUGGCAUUCAAAAAUGAACAAAAUGUUCUGUAAUGAGAAUCUUAGUUGAUUCAUUUAUUAAUUAAGUGAUUGCCAUGUGUUGUAUUCAAAAUAUAAAAACUGGUAGGAAGAGAUUUUGCAUUCAUGAUGUAUAAUGGAGUCAACCCUGUAAAGUAUGCUCCCCUAUAUGCUGAAAUACAUGUACAUACCUUAUGUCAGUCAUUGUUGUUGUGAUGUGAUAAGUUGUGUUUAGAAAGCAGGUUAAGAUUGACAAAUUUUCAGAUAUUGACAUUGCUUAAAAUCAGACAAUUAGUAUGAAUUUGAAUAUGUUACCCUUGUUUCAUUAUUAAUGCUCUGCAUUAAUGAACUAAAUGUUGGAAGGUAGUGCAGGUUAACUAAUUAAGGUGCCCAAUGUAUUAGUAUGUGAAUUUUGGGUGCCAGGUUACCCCAUUUUACCUUGGUAUCAGUUGAAAGGCUUAAUGUGUAUUCUGUUUAAACCAAUGUUAUAUUACAAACAAGCUGCUUUUUUGGCCUUGACCGUUUGCAAGAUGUCUUUUUACGUCCAGUUUAAGUUUAAAAGUAAUGAAAAUAAAACAAAUUACAAUAAUUGAUAUAUUCAGGCAUUUGUUUAAUUUCUUGGUAAUCAUCAAGCAAAACCCUUUCAACUCAUACCAAAAACUAUAUUGGGUCACCCGGCAUCAAAAAUGAACAUCGCCACAGGUUCGAUAAAAAGGCAAACUUAUUUGAACAUUUAAGAUACCUGCAUUAAUACAAAGCAAUUGAGCUAGUGAACAUCUAGGCCAAACACUAAGUCAAGUAAGACUUCAAUAUCAGGAAAUUAGCACUUUGGUAGAUCACUCUACUUACUGUAUGUGUCUUAUUUCUGGAUGAAGAUAAUUAAAAAAGCUGAAAUUAUUGAUAGCUUGAUAAAUAAUGUAGUUUAUAUUCAUACAGGGUUAUUAUUCAACUGUCUGUUUUUGGUAAAAUCUUCAGCUGGACUGAUGGAGUCAACCUGUAAGUUACGGGAAGGAGCUCAUUCAUCUAUUCUUUGCAAUCAUCUUGUGGAUAAAUGUACACCAAGAUUUUAAUAAGGCAUGCUUUUAUUUGAAGUGUUUUGUGUACCAACCAUGGUGUACAAUUAUCACAGUGUGUCUAUUUCCAUCAUCAUAAUUAUCAAUAAUAUGGUUCAUUUUGCAGGAGGUUUCAUUAAUUAGCUUUAAACAAGCUUUUUCAGCAUAUCUUAAGUCGAGUGUUUAAUAUUCAUAGAAUCGGGCUGAUUUAAAAAAAAAAAAAAAAGCUGAUGAUGUCAGGAAAGUCAGCAAAUUUGCGGCAGUUUAAGUGUUGAAAAAAUCAUAAGAAAUGUUGAAAGGGAAACAUACAUGGCAAGUGAAAUAGCAGUGUGUCAUUACUGUAUGUCUUAAAUAACAGUUCAUGAAAACUAACUGACAUGAUGUAUUUUUUCACCAUUAAAGCAUAUACACCACUAGUGUUGAAGUGUAACCACCACAACUUGGAAAGGGAGGCAAACAGGUGUGAUUGUUUGAUGGCAUUGUAGAGUAUAGCUAUUGUAGUUCUCUCCCUUAAAAUUCCAAAGUUCACAUCCAUAACGUUCAGCAGGAAAACUGUACAAUGAGAGAUUUUUAAUCAGUAACUUAUAUUUGUCUCAUAAAAUGUCAAUAAAAAUGAAACGUAUACAUGAUUAUGUUAUUGAUGUGAACAAAAAUAACAGAGGUAUCAUUACUUUCAUAGGAAAUAUCAUUCCAUACUUUCCUAUAUAUAUAUAUUAUAUAUAUUUGUGUAGUUUUAUGACAUACUAGAUAUUUUGCUAGACUAUUGGGGUUUUCUAUACACAGUGUGAUAGAAUAAUUCCUCUCAACAAUUUAAAAGUAAUUGACUUCAUGGGUUUUCUUUUAUAUUGUUUAAUUUACAAAAACAAAUGUAAUGUACUUUUGUCUGGUUUGUAUUUUUAUUAAAGAUUUGUACUUCCUGCAGUUCAGGGGAUUUUAAGAUAAUAGGCUGAUUAUUACUGAUUUAAAAUCUUUUUCUUACAUUUCAUAACAACAAUAAUACCUAUAUUCCGUUCAGAUCAUAGAAAGCAUGCAUUACCUUGAGCAAAAUGCAUGCAAAUAUUUUAAAUACUGAUAUUAAAAACUUUUUGUAAUAGAAUUAAGCUAUCUAUUCAUGCAAUGUAAUUGCUCUAUUGUAAUUUAAGACAUAAAAAUCUUUGAAGUUUCACAAAAAUAGUUCAUAAGCACUGGCAUGAAGGUUGAUAUGUGCUUACGGUAUACUGUAAUUAUAAAAGUAUAUAUUUCGUCAUCUUUCAAAUAUCACAGGUGUGGUGUUUUCUGUAUUCAACAGGUAUGCGACACGCCUUUAAAGAAGACUGAAUCUUCACAAAAAAGUGCAUUGGACAUGAAAUCUGUAAAUUAUCUCCCUUACAGGAAGUUGGAAAGUGCAUGAUGGGAAAGGGGAAAAAGUGUUAGUUACCUCCCUUGUUGGACAUGGUCGUCGUCUGCUUUCAAAGCAUGUGAUAUUUUGGAUUUAUGUAUGGCUUUUGCUAACCGAGUCAACUAUGUAGAUUUGUACAUUUGUAUCAGUGCAAUUUUGUUAAUGGUUUUGUGCAACAGGCAUUUGUUUGUUUUCUUGAAUGUUGAUGUUGUCUUUAUAUGUGUAACAGAACUGCAUGCUGGUGAUUGAUUUCAUAUGUAGGCUCUUUUGCCCCUAUAAAAUGCACAGUUAUGUUCAAAUGCUUGCUAUGUGUUUUAAUAGGCUUUUCUGUUUAAGAUUUAUCAUAACCAAGCUAACAUUACGUUGCAUUAACAAAUGAAAAGAUCUACAUUCUAUUCUAACCUAGGAUUUAUAUCUAAAACAAAUCUUUUAUACUGAUAGAUGGUAUAUUUUCAUGAUAUUGAAAAUGUUGAAAAUUAUACUGAAAUUACAAUACCAGCUAACUGUGUAUGUCCUUAUACACCAACUUCCCCAAUAGAAGGGCAGUGAAUGUGCGAGAAGUCUUUCCAGAUUUUUUUGUCUGUUUCUAAAACUUAAAUCAAGGAAGGAGAGAUGGGUAAAGAUGGCAACAAGCUAUGGGUUUAGCAUACAUAUACAGUAAAAUAGCUGAGACUUGAGAAUGGGCUGAAGAAAAUGGAUAUUAUUUGCUAGUAUCUUUCAGUACAAACCUACCGUAUUUCUUUUGUUGUCAUGAUAGUUCUGUAGUUUUAUAUUUUUUAUUUUUUUUAUUUUUAGGCAUAUAGCAUGUUGAGGAUGUGGCUAUCUUUUUUGUUUUGUUUUUUGUCUGUAAAUGAUUUCCAAAGCUAACUAGGAGUUAAACUAAACACCUUGUAAUAGCAGACACCUUGUAAUAGCAGUUUCUUUAUUCUAAAUUAAUAUUGGAGCUAAAGAAAUACUGGUAACCACAAAAAAUACCAAAAAGGAAAGUAUUUGGAGGGCAAAAUAUAUAGGAGGAGAGUUGAUUGUACAAUAUUUUCUUUAGUAGAUAAUAGUGCCUUCAGUUUUGAUAAUUUAAUGAGCUGUUAUUAUAUAUUGCUUCAGUAUAUUAUCUUUCCUUUUUUCUCCAACUUAUUUUAAUUACAGAUAAAAUUUGUUUGGGAACAGCAUUUUGGUGAUAAUUCUUGAAAAAGAUGUAAAAUUAUGAGAUUCCUCUCUGAAGAUUUCAUGUUAUAAUCCAAGGACAAGUGCCUUUAUUUUAGAAUUGUUUCUUAUAUAUUUUUCAUGGCCAAUGUAUGCUUUUGUAAGAACCUUUUAUAUGUGACUAUUAAAAUGUAUACACACCAUAUUUGUCCUUUUUCUAGGCAGUUUUACAUUUACGCCAUUUAUAAUACUUACUCUGCUUCAAAACAUUGGUCACUGUUUGAUGGUCGAUCAGUCAGCCAUUGUACUCUAGUGCUUUUCUCUAAGGUUACACACAACUAAUUUUUACUGACAAUUAUUUGCAUCUAUUAGGACAUUUAUGGUAGCUUGGACUUACAUGUAACUAUGCAUGAUUAUUUUCAGUAUUAUUUCUGUUGCAAAUAAAAAGAAAUUCAUUGCUGAUUUAAUUCUAUUUGCUAAUUAAAUGUGCUAAAUGUUGGCAUAACAUUGAAUCUUACAUACGGCUGUUAUUUUGAUAUUUAGAAAUUUUGAGGAAACAAAAGCAGAUCUUUGGUUGUGACUUAAUAUUUGUGUAUUAAGUUACAUUUCAUGUGUGCUUAAUACUUAGUGCCUGGUUGAUGUCGUGUAUUCAUGUAAUUCUUUACAAUGCAAAUCUUAUAAACUUUCAAACCUUUUACAAAUCUUUACAUGUUUUGAUGUAGUAAACAUUUUUAACAUAAGGCCUUAAUUUGUUACAGAAAGAAAAACACAAAACUUGUUAUGUUUGUUAAUGGAAUUUAUUUAAUUAUAAUAUGUUACAUGCAACUGUUUAUAUAUGCACAAGUUGGUGUUAAAAUACAUGUAGUAUAAAAUAUGUGGUUGUAUAUACAAUGGUUGUUUGUUCCUACAUUAAAGAUUUGUGAUAUUUUUUUGUAUAUAUUUUGAUUGACUGUAUAAAGCAUUGCAUACAAUUGUUCAUCUCUACACUAAAUCAUUGUGAUAACUUGAACUUUCUUGUAAAUAAUGUUUGGUAUAUAUAUUAAUACUUAAUGCAUUUAUUUAUUGUUGAGGUCUUAUUGUUUUUGCUAAGGAUCUCCAUUGGCCGGUCAGUUUGCCUAUCAAAGUGAAUGAAAUGUUAAAAAGUUCCCACACAAUAUACCACAUGUGUCUUAUGGUCAGUUAGGGUCAAGGUCACUUUUACAAGCCAAUGGUAAGGUAGGAGACAUAUUUUGUUAUGAAAAGAAAUACUUUAUAGAAUUGCAUUUAUUUUUCAGUAUGAUUUAAUUUUGUAAAGUAUAAAAUGACAAGCAUGAAAACAUUCCAUUAUAUUAGUGUUUAUGUCCAUAUGAAUUGUACAGAAAGACCAUCAAUGUCUUACUAUUCCAGUAGUAUUUUUAAACAUAUGGUCAUUUAGAUAUGUAAAGAUAUUUUGACGAUUUUUUAGUUUAUAUAUCUCAUUUACAUGUAUAGUAUAUACAGCAUCACCAUAUUCAUGAUUCACAAUUUUCAUACAUUUAGUAUACAUAAUUAUUUGGCCAACUGUUUCCUAAAUAAAAUAAGAAAGAA